AUUAAUUGAACUUACAAUGUAAUCCUGUUAUUUCUUUUUUUUCAUUUUCUCCAGAUGGCUCGUCUCUUCUACCACAAACCCCAGUUUGCUAUUCUAGAUGAAUGUACCAGUGCUGUCAGUGUCGAUGUCGAAGGUUUUAUUUACCAACAUUGCAGAAAGCUUGGAAUUACACUGUUUACAGUUUCACAUAGAAAAUCUCUGUGGGAGCACCAUGAGUAUUAUUUGAAGAUGGAUGGACAAGGCAACUAUGAAUUCCAGCCAAUCACACCUGAAACAAAAGAAUUUGGUUCAUGACUUAACAAGAUUGCUGUAAAUUGUAUUGGUUGAUGAAUACUGAUAACAUCUUGAUAAGACGGUGUCUGCUGGCACCUGUGUUAUUUGAAAAUCAACUGUCUGACAAAUGUGUGUGUGUGUGUGUGUGUGUAUAUAUUUAUGUCUUGUGUAUAUGUAAAUAUAUAUAUAUAUGUUUGUGUAUAUAUACACAUAUACAGGUGUACAUAUUCAUGUAUAUUUCUGUGCAUGUAUGUGUGUGUGUAUAUAUAUAUAUAUAAUAUACACGUGUAUGUGUAUACACAUACACACACAUUUAUAUGUAUGUAUGUAUGUUUGGAUAUGUUGUGUCUGAUUUUUGAUGCUAUUAGCAUGGAAAAAAUAUAGGGCGAAUGUACAUACAUACAUACAUGUAUAAAUAGCAUGUACAUGUGUUUUUAUUGUAUUAUGUGUAUAAACAUGUGUGUGUAUGUAUGUAUAUAUAUAUACACACACACAUACACACACACUAAACUAAUGUCAGUGGCAGGAUUUUAUGAAAAAUGAGAAAAGUAUGCCAAUUUGAAAUAGAUAAAUUUACCAGCUAGGAAUGAGCAUCAAUUACGAUAAUAAUAUUAAUUAAUAAAUGUUAAUAAUGAUGAUAAUAAUAAUGUAAAUUAGGUGUUGAUUUUUAAAAGCUGUUCAAUAAAUAGUUGCUUUUU